UCUAUGGUAAAAGAGAGAGCCAAUCUGAAACGGAAAUUACUGUCCCAGCUGUAGCCUGCAAGUCUGCAACUGGUAAUGUCCGUCUCUUGCUCUUUGGAACUGUGUUAUGUACAGUGCACAUACAGCAACUUCAACAGAUCGGAUCUUGAACUUUGAAUGAGGCACUUUUUGCUCAUGUAGCCCUGGAUUCACGUGACUUUUAUAACAGAUCUUUUUGUUUUGCGGAUAAAGUAAUACGGAAUCUGAACGUGUAACAAAAGAUACAUUUUCUUUUUUAAUAUUAUGGUUUAUCUUUUGGUUCAUACUCUUUUUCGCUGGAAUAUAUCUUUUAUAGGGAAAUUCGGUAGGUAACGGGUAAAAGGGUGGGUCUUUCCGUGAGGAUCUCGGGAUUUCCUGAGAUGGGUAAGUGUUGGUUUGGUGGGGUUUUGGUAGUGGUGGGGUUGGUGUGGUUGUUUGGGAUUCGUGUAGAAGGCUACCCAGUUGAGGAUCUGGUGGUAAGGCUGCCUGGACAGCCUAAGGUUGGGUUCAGGCAGUAUGCUGGGUAUGUUGAUGUAGAUGUCAAGGCUGGGAGGAGCCUGUUUUACUAUUUUGUGGAGGCAGACAACGAGCCUGACAAGAAGCCUCUCACUCUCUGGCUCAAUGGAGGUCCUGGUUGUUCCUCUAUCGGUGGAGGUGCCUUUACAGAGUUGGGCCCAUUCUAUCCCAAAGGUGAUGGUCGAGGCCUUCGAAGAAAUUCAAUGUCAUGGAAUCGAGCAUCAAAUCUCCUCUUUGUUGAGUCUCCUGCUGGAGUAGGAUGGUCAUACUCGAAUACAAGUUCAGAUUAUACUUGUGGAGAUGCCUCCACUGCUAGGGAUAUGCAUAUAUUUAUGAUGAAAUGGUAUGAGAAGUUUCCAGAAUUCAAAUCCAGAGGACUGUUUCUCACUGGAGAAAGCUAUGCGGGGCAUUACAUACCACAAUUGGCAAUUGCUCUGCUUGACCAUAAUGCAUAUUCAACUGGUCUCAAGUUCAACAUCAAAGGGGUUGCUAUUGGGAAUCCCCUUUUAAGACUUGAUCGAGAUGUUGCAGCAACGUAUGAAUUCUUUUGGUCUCAUGGAAUGAUUUCUGAUGAAAUUGGCCUUGCAAUCAUGAACGAGUGUGAUUUCAAUGAUUAUGCCUUUGCAAGUCCUCACAAUGUGACUGAGUCAUGUGAAAAUGCCAUCAAUAGCGCAAACAUUGUCGUUGGGGAAUAUAUAAACAAUUAUGAUGUGAUCCUUGAUAUUUGUUAUCCAUCUCUAGUAGAGCAAGAGCUCAACUUGCGGAAACUGGCUACUAAGAUUAGUGUUGGGGUUGAUGUUUGUAUAACCUAUGAAAGACGAUUCUAUUUCAACCUUCCUGAAGUUCAGAAGGCUCUUCAUGCAAAUCGUACCAGAUUACCUUAUGGCUGGUCCAUGUGCAGUUCUGUUCUGGAUUACAGUGAUACUGAUGGUAACAUUAACAUUCUUCCCUUGCUCAAAAGAAUAAUCCAAAAUCACAUUCCAGUCUGGGUUUUCAGUGGGGAUCAAGAUUCUGUUGUGCCGUUACUGGGAUCCCGGACACUCAUCCGAGAAUUGGCUCAUGAUUUGAAUUUCAAGAUUACAGUCCCAUAUGGAGCUUGGUUUCACAAGGGCCAGGUGGGAGGUUGGGCAACUGAGUAUGGGAAUUUAUUAACUUUUGCCACAGUAAGGGGUGCUGCACAUAUGGUACCAUAUGCACAGCCCUCAAGGGCAUUACAUCUAUUCAGUUCAUUUGUGCGCGGCCGGAGAUUACCAAACACAACUCGUCCUUCAAUUGAUGAUUAAUAAGGUUUCAACUAUCAUUUACAUUGUUGUCAAAAGUUUCAAAUUGUUUCAUCAUUCUGAGAUCUCUUCAUUCAAAGGCAUAAGAUAGGAGUUGGUUUUUCAGUGGUAAUAAUGAAGAGAAGAAACAAGUUCAAAUUUAUUUGCUGAAGGAACAGAUUCCAAAUGUAAUUUCAUAUAGAAUGUUUCUGCA